AUGUCUUCCGAAGACGGCGGCCUGGAAGGCGAGCUCAAUGCACGUGAGCUCAAGCUCCGCGAAAAGGAUCUCGAAAUCAGCCAAAUCAAGACCAUGCUUGCAUCGCUUCAAGAUGAAGUCGGCCGACUCAACGAGAUCAACAGCGGGUUGACCAAUGCCAAUCGAGGCCUGGCCGACGAUAGCAAUGGGCUGGAUGGAGGGCUUCGAGAGCAGCAUGCCUUUGCCCACGAGCAGUGGCAGAACACUAGUCGUGAGCUCCAAGACGUCCGCCAGCAACAUGAAAACACGACGGCAGGCUUGAGUGCAACGCUAGUCGAGAAGAAUGCCGAGAUCCGACAUUUGCGAGAAGAACUCGACGUGGCCACGGAGAAGAUCCGCGCCUUGCAAGUGCAAAUCCAAGGCUCGAAAUCUCGGGAAAUGUUCGUCAUGCGCGACGAGGACUACUUCGAGAGUGCCUGUCAGCGAUUGUGUCAGCAUGUUCAACAAUGGGUCAAGCGCUUCUCGAAAGUGUCGGACGAUCGCAAGUGCCGCCUCUCGACCGACUUGAAGGACGACAAAGCCGAGGCCCGACUGGACAAUACCAUCCUCGAUGGAUCCGACGUUGACAAGCUUCUCAGCGAUCGCAUCCGACGCCGCGAUGUCUUCAUGUCCGUUGUCAUGACGAUCCUGUGGGAAUACGUCUUCACGCGCUAUCUCUUCGGCAUGGACCGCGAGCAGCGCAAAUACCUGAAAGACCUCGAGCAGUCUCUGCACGAGGUGGGCCCACGCCGAGCGGUGGAGCAAUGGCGGAUGAUCACGCUGCGACUGCUCUCGCAGCGCCCUGACCACAUUGAGCAGCGUGAUCGCGACACCGAAGCCGUUACCAGCGCCGUCUUCGAUCUGUUGUGCAAGCUGCUCCCUCCUCCUUCCAACGCGGUGCAGCAGCUACAAUCAUCCUUGCAAAGAGUCGUGGCCGUUGCCGCGGAUCUCUCGGUGGAGAUGCGCUGUCAGCGACCCCGAUUCAUCAUGCUACCGCCUCUGCAGCCCGAGUACGACACGCACGGCGACCUGGUGCGGCAAGUGUUCUUCAACGCUAGCCUCAUGAACGAGCGAUCUGGCACGUUCAGCUCCAAUAAAGAACUGGAGACCUCACGAGCGGUGGUGAAAAUCGUGCUCUUCCCCCUGGUGGUGAAGCAGGGCGAUGACUUUGGGGACGGCGACGGAGAAGUGGUGGUCUGCCCGGCACAGGUAUUGGUGCAUAGCGACAAUGGCAAGGGCAAGAGGAUUGUGCGGGUGCAGAGUGGCGCGAUGGAGAUUGAUGACCCGCGACAGAGUCUGAUCAGCCUGACGAGUCCCGGGGGGUCCACGGCUUUUUAA